GCUAAUUUCCUCUAAUCCUUUUUGGUUCAUAACUUACCUUUUUAGUUCAAUAUUUUUGUUUCCCGUUGAUCAUGUCUCUCCAGUUGAUCUUUCUCUGUAUCUGUGCCCUUGCUUCCAUUUCUCAUGGCUCCUUUCCACUCGUAUAUCCUCAGCCAUCAGCAGAGAGCAGCAAUGCAACAAGCCUAUACCUAGCAGUCAUGAUGUCCUUUAAUGGAACAUUUCUCAGUUCUGGGACUAUUCCAGGAAUACAGAUAGCACUGGACCUCAUUAAUGAGCAAGAAGACCUUUUACCUGGCUACAAGCUUCACUAUAUAGCACUAGACUCCAGGUGUAAUCACACCAUUGCAUUGGAUUCGUUAUUUAAACAACUUAUCUCAGAUACACAAAGAGUGGGUGUAAUUGGUGCAGGCUGCUCAGUAGCUACAGAGCCAACGGCUGAGAUUAGUCAUUACUAUAACAUCACCCAGGUUUCAUGUGCCUCUUCUUCGCACAAUUUGGCCAACAGAGUCAAGUACAAAGCAUAUUUUCAAAUGCUUCCAAGUGCAAUAAACUUGGUCCCUGCGAUAGGGGCCAUCUGCCUCCGGUACAGAUGGCGUCAUAUUGGAAUAAUAGCUCAAGACGAAAACCUUUUCACACAAACUGUUGGGAUGCUUACUACUCUUUUUUUGAGUGAGAACAUAACCUGGGGGCUGAGAAAAUUCCAAUCUUCAGACGGACCUACAUCUUUGGGAAAAAAUCUCUUUGAAACGAGAGAAAGGAUUGUAUUUCUAGCAAUGUACCCUGGACAUGCUCUUACUGUUGUUUGUGAGGCCUAUAAGAAAAACCGUGUGUACCCACGCUACACUUUUAUAAUAUAUGGUUGGUAUUCUCCAACCUGGUGGACAUCAUCAGCCUCUUCCAUUGAUUGUUCAAGAGAAGAGAUUGAGUCUGUACUGCAUUAUAGCAUUGCAGUCCUCCAGCACCAAUUUGGCACUGAUAGAACACAAAGCACCAUAUCAGGGAUUAGUUAUGACACAUAUCAUGGAAUGUAUGACAAAAGGCUGUCAAGUUUUGGUUACAGAUACUCGACCCACAACAUACAGUGUUUUGAUGGUGUCUGGGCCUUUGCUCUUGCUCUUAAUCAAACUAUUAAUGAUUUGAAAGAGAAUGAAACACUCAGUAGACUGGCUCAAGAGAGUGAAGGCUGGGAAGAUACUGAAACAGAAUUUAGAAUAGAAAAUGCAACAUACAAGAACAAUGUCAUUCAGCAGAUGAUGUUUGGCCAUCUUGAGAGGACCAAUUUCCUUGGAAUUACAGGAAAUGUAUCUUUCACAAAUAUUGGUAUUAGAAGGGUCAAUAGGCUGAGAGUAUUCCAGUACAGAUACACUGGCAACAAUACAUUUGGUACAGUAGAAUUCGCUUCUGUUCCAGCAUUGGGAAACUACACCACCCUUGAGUAUUACAAUGGAGAAUCAGACUCUACAGUUUGGCCAUCUCAAGUCCCAUACGAUGGUGUGGCAGAGAUUGAAAUUGUGUCAGUCCCAAUACCAAUAUCAGUUGUGUUUUCAUUGCUGGCUGGUGCUGGUAUGAUCUUUGGUGUUAUUUGCUUAGUUUUUGUCAUUGUUUACAAGAAGAACAAGUUGGUCCGUUUAACAAGUCCUAAGCUAAAUGUACUUAUCAUCAUUGGUAGCUUGAUAAUGUAUUUCAGCGUUAUUCUGUAUACUCUGCCUGUGUAUGAUUCUUUUGGAAGGACUCUUCUAUGCAAUCUCGAACCAAGAGUAUUUUCUCUCGGAUAUACUCUCAGCUUUUCGACGAUACUGGCCAAAAUGUGGCGAGUGUAUUAUAUCUUUACUAAUCCAAAGCCAAAUAGAAAAGCUAUCAAGGACUGGCACUUGUCUCUGUUUGUUCUUGCUGCUGUAUCAGUUGAUUUGCUCCUCUUGGGUCUACUGGCUGGAUAUAAGGGAGGGAGGCCUGAGGCAUAUCUGGUCAGGAAUAAUGAAAAUCCUUCAGACGAGAGAGGAACUCUUGGCUACAUAACAGACUACUAUGUAUAUACUUGUGAUUCGCAUGAGCACAGCAUUUUUCUUGGAAUAAUAUUUGGAUUCAAGGCUAUUCUUCAAGUCGCUGCACUUUUCCUUGCCUUUGGCAUACGUAAAGUGAAAGUCAGAGGUCUUAACGAUUCCAAGUUUGUCGGUCUAAUGGUGUACAUAUCAAGCAUCAUACUCACAAUCCAAAUCAUUGUAUCCGUCACCCUCAAUCAUUACCAGUUUGCCUUCUCCAUCCUGUUUGGAUUGUCCAUCAUUAUCAACACUACCGUCAUACUGGGUCUUCUUUUCUUUCCUCAGAUGGUGGGUGUUUAUAAGGAUCCGGAGGGUAAAGAGGUAUUUGUAGGUGAACAGAUGAAAGUGAAAGUGAAAACAGUACUCACCUCCAAUGAAGGUGCUGUAAGCAACAUUGUCAGCAGUCCUUUCAUGGAUGACAAGCAAAAAAUUGAAGCACUCGUUCAAAAGAUUAACGAAAUGCAGGAAAACGAUGUUGAUAUGAAGGACACUGCAACUUAGAUGCGCUUGCUCCUAAUCGCUAUAAACUGUAUCACAAAUAAUUCCUGUCACUUUUUAUUAUCAUUAGCAACAACAUUAUUUAGAAAAAAAAUA